AGGCCAGGCGGGUGCAAGUGAAGGGCGCCGGAGGGGUGAGGUUACGUCUCCCUGGAGCCCCGCGCCGCUGGCUUUUCAGCGACUCGCCGGGAGCCCGUGGCCAGAGCCCCAGACCGCGCCGACCGCCUCCCUGCACCGUGCGCCUCGCCCAUGUCUCAGUCCGCUCCCAGCUCGGACUUCAAGAGGGCUUUGGACAGCAGCCCCGAGGCCAACACUGAGAAUGACAAGACCGAGGAGGACGUGCCCAUGCCCAAGAACUACCUGUGGCUCGCCAUCGUCUCGUGUUUUUGCCCCGCGUACCCCAUCAACAUCGUGGCUUUAGUCUUCUCCAUCAUGGUAGGAGCUCCGUGCGAACCCCACCGGGAGGGCAAGGAGCGCCCGCGAGGUCCUAACCUUAUUGACUGGAGCAGCUGGUCGGGCACUGUCCCGGGACAACCCUUGCACUGAGCUCCCUCCCCACCUCUCCUGACCGAACUCUCCAGCCGCAGACCCGGGAGAGUCCGGAUUCAGCUCAGUAAAGAUCAAGAGCCGCCGCCCCCCUCCCCCCUUCAAGCCCGCCCUCACUUGCCCGUGGGUGGUUCCGUAUUCGCUUCGUGGGUACACGCGAAGACCUCAUUUGCACGCGCAGCUUGCCCUCUCUCAGACCCCGUUUGUACGCUAUCUGCACCAACAUUCAAGCGUUCAGCCGCUGAAGUUCUGACUACCUGGGUUCAAAUCCCAGUGCCACCAUGUACUAACUAGCUGUAUGCAUCUCUCUUAACGUCAGUCUCUUUGUCUGUAAAAUGAGAAUAAUCAAAGCCAUAUGUCUUAGGGUUGUUGUAUUAAUGAGAUAAAGUGUGACCCGCUUGGCACAGUGCCCAGCAUGGUGGAGGUAUCAGAUCUUUCCUCACUUGUCACUUGCUGAGGGCUUCUCUGAUCGCUGUUUAAAAUCAAACCCCCACAAGCUCUAUUCUCCCUUCCCCGAUAGUUUUUGCCCAAAGCACUCGUCUGCAUCUGAUAUAUUAUUUCACUUAUUAACAUGCUUACUGUGUGUGUCCCCUUGUUAGAAUAUAAGCUCUCUGAGGGCCGGGAUAUUUGCUUGUUGCUUGUUUUUUGUUGCUGUACCUUUACCUAGAAGAGAAUCUGACAGGUGGUAGAUGCCCAAUAAAUAUUACAAAAUGAA